AUGGCGAUGGCGACCAUCCCCCAACCUGAUCUCGCCAUGUCUACGACAGCCCAAGAAACCCCACCUGCAAUGCCCUCUGAGGAGCCAAAAUUCGGGGGGUUCACACGCUUUGAGAUUGAGCUGGAGUUUGUGCAAUCCCUCGCCUCUCCUCUCUACCUCAACCACCUCGCAUCCCUCAAAUACCUCGAAUCCCCGCCCUUCAUUGCCUACCUCUCAUACUUGCAGUACUGGGCACAGCCUGCUUACACCAAAUAUCUGACAUACCCGGGACCUACACUGAAGAACCUGGAGCUCCUGCAGCAGGAGAGGUUCAGGGCGGAUAUCUUGAGCCCAGAUGUAGUGGCUCGGCUGAUGGACGAGGGAGCGAAGAGUGCUGCCGAAUGGCCGAGCAGUUAG